AUGUUCAAGUUUUUUGUAUUGUUUUUCCUAGUUGCGUGCUUUUCUCAAUGUUCAGCCGAGACAGUGAGACGUCUGAAAGAGCUCAGGUGAGUUUGAAAAAUCAAAAAAGAAUUUUUAGGAAAAAAUAUUGCGAAUGUGCACUCGUUUUCCUCGUAGAACAAUAAAGAUUCCGCGGUUUUUUUGAGUCAGCCAUCAAAAAUAUGAAGUUUAUUUGUUAAAAAGGAAAGAGAAAGGGCAAAUUAAAAAAACAUUUCUGAAAUUGAAUUUUCAAAAGACGAGUCUGUAACUUCUAAUUCGGAGCUCAGCAAUCAAUUCCUUCCAAAGAAAAACCUGAACUUUCUUUCCUUUAAAAUUCAUACUAAAUCUCCUGUUGAAUAUUCAGAACAGAGGUGCAACCGGUACGAACUUUCGACGCGCCAAAAGUUGCGCCGCGAGCGAAGUCCUUGCGUUUUCUGCGCGCACCUCAAGCAGGUAGAAAGCCGACAUGGAAGGUUCCUCCGUCAAAAGGAAUCUUCAGAAGAGAGAAAAACGUUCCAGACUCCGUUCAAAGUGCGCGGAGCCAAGACAGGCUCAGCUGACUUCGUUCGUUGGCGGCUCGACGAGCUGACCUCGGCGGAAAUGUUGAGCAGCGCCGAGGUGAAGGCCGUUCGGAGGCCUUCUUUCCUCGACAACGACCAAGUCAGCGGAGAAGCUUCCGUCGGCGAAUUCUUCCCGUAA